AUGAUGCAGUCUGUGCGGGUGCAGAACCUGUCCCUCGGGGCUGCCGAGGCAAUUCCCACAACGCCAAAGGCAGAGUCUAUAGCCCCCUCGUUGACCUACUCGGACGAGUCAGACGACCAGGAAGAGCUGCUUCGACCUGUGCAGCCUCGCCAGCGACGCGCCUCCACAAGAUUGAUUGCCCAGAGUGCCCGUGAUAUCCAGCGCAUCACCGGCGAGACGACCGCCGAGUUUGUUACUCGCUGCUGCGGCGGCGGCUGCUGCUUGAUGGGCGGCGCGAGGCCGGCCGGCAUUGAAUACGAAAAGGUUGCCCUCCCCGAUAACGAGGCGUAUCGGUCCCUCGGCCUCAAGAUUGGCGACAUCCCGACGGUCCUAACCAAGAUUGUCGACCUCCCGGAAAAGAUAAUAUCUUUUGCCUCAGUCCCCAAGGCCGCGAGCCCGUCCUCGCCCACGGAUUCUGCCAUUUCUCUGGAGCGAGACGGCGAGGUCGUCGACAGCCCCCCGCGAUUCGUUCAGCCUCACCCUCCUUAUAAUGUGUAUGCCGCCAAGAUCCACACGGCCCGCGAGCUGACCAAGGCUGGUGCCGAAAAGCGCACAUAUCACUUUGACCUGGAUAUCACAGAUUAUCCUGAGGAGGAAGACACCGACUUCAGGGUCGGCGGUGCCAUUGGUGUCGUUGCCCCCAACUCCAAUGCCGUUGUGGACGAUGUUCUGGACGCCCUAAUGGUGCCUCGCUUCCUCCGGGAUAAGCCUGUCUUGUUGAAGACAACCAAGGGCCGCUGGCCCACCGUCUGGGGAGACGAUAAGCCGCGCGAGCUGGUCACUACCCGCCGAGACCUGCUCACCUGGUGCGCAGACCUCCAGUCCUAUCCCCCUACAAAGGGUCUGCUGCGGGUGCUCGCCGAGCAUGCUACCGCCGACAACGAAAAGAAGAUUCUCAGCUUCCUUUGCGCUGCAGAGGGACAAGGCGCUUUCUGCGACUUCCGAUCUGGUCCUAGCAUUAGCAUUUCCCAGUUGCUGCACGCCUUCCCCAGCUCUCACCCUCCUCUGGAUGACCUGCUGUCGACCCUACAGCAGCUCAUGCCGCGCUUCUACUCUCUCUCUAAUGACCCGCACGACUCGUUCCAGAGGGGCGACCAGAAGCAGCACCGCCUGAUUGAAAUCGCCGUCACAGUUCAUGAGACUGGAGACUGGCGUGAGGGAUCUCGCACCGGUGUGGGGUCCGGCUUCUUUGAGCGACAGGCCCGGAAGUUCAUCAAGGCGCAGGAGGCCGGGGAGAAGACGGAGUUUUACAUCCCCAUGUUCAAGGGCCUGAUGGCGAACCCCCUGGCCAAGCAGUUCAACGCCGAGGGUCCGAUGCUCCUGAUCGGAGCCGGCGUGGGUAUUGCCCCGUUCCGAGGGUUCGUGCAGCGACGCCUGAAGCAGGCCAACUGCGCCAACAAGGUGUGGGUGCUGCAGGGCAUCCGAGAUUCGCUGCUGGACGAGAUUUACAGCGGCGAAUGGGGCGUCCACGAGGAGGAGGUCAAGCGCGUGGUGCAGAGCCGGCGCGGCGAGGGCCGAUACGUGCAGGAGGAAGUGCGACACCAGGCCGACCUCGUGUGGAGCAUCAUCAACACCGUCGACGGCCGCAUCUUUGUCUGCGGUAGCUCCAAGGGCAUGGGCGAGGGCGUCGAAGAGGCCCUUGUGGACGUCGCCAUGGCCAAGGGCAACCUGGAGCGUGAGGAGGCGCGCAACUUCUGGCAGCUCAAGAAGGAGGCUGGCCAGUACAUUGCCGAGACGUGGUAG